AAAAUAAAAUGGGAAAUUUGAAAGCCUUCUACAUUGCACUUGAAAACCCCCAAGGGGUUUUCUUGGCUGGACAGACCAUAAAUGGGAAACUUGUUGUUGAACUGGAUGCAGAGAUGAAAGUUCGAGAAAUAAAAGUUAGAUUCAAAGGAGAAGCUUCUGUUUACUUUACGAUAGAGCGUGAGGAACACGACGAUUAUGAGGAGUACUUCAAGACAACUAUACUCUUGUUUGGCAAAGGAGCGGGGAUGGGUGACGAUAAUCGGUUACCCCCAGGACGACACGACUUUCCAUUUUCCUUCCAACUUCCCCAGAAUCUCCCAUCAUCAUUUGAAGAAAAUCCAGGUUUCAUCAGAUACACUAUUAAAGGAACCAUUGACAGGCCUUGGAAGUUUGACCUUACCACGAAGAUAGCUUUCACUGUUGUUGCAAUGUUAGACUUAAACACACGACCAAAUGCAGCUCUUAAGGAUGGAAUGGAAAGUACCUAUUACCUAUGUUGUUUAUGCUGUAAGUCGGGACCAAUCGAAACAAGUCUGAUGGUGGACAGAGUCGGGUAUGUUCCUGGCGAAGCAAUAAACUUUAUUGCGGAAAUAGAAAACAUGUCGAGAAGAGUUUGUAAAAUGGAUCUCAGGUUAUGGAUGUAUGUUUAUUUUCAUGCUGACGAAACAUAUACUUCAAGAAUUAAAGAAGUAGGACGAGUCAUUCAUCCGGAUAUCCAGCCCGGGGAGACAGAGAUCUGGUCAGGAGACAGGCUAAUCAUCCCCCCUAUACCCCCGUCAUCUUUCAACAGCUGUAGAAUCAUCGACAUAAAAUACAGCCUCGAGGUGUGA